AUGCGUUGUAGUUGUCGAUUCUGUGUGGUUUUCCAUCUCCAUACCAGCCGUCGCCAAGAUAAAGCAGAUCCAAAUCUUCGAGAUAAUUUGUUGUGCCCCUCUUGUCGUACUUUACACCAACACUAUCGAGACCUAGAUCGACUAUCACACGGAAAAACUUCCAAUUGUUAUGGCAAUAUGUCUUUGACCUUGCUUUCAAAAGGUAGUCUCCAACUCCCAAUUUUUCAUUUUCGUUCAAUGGCUCCCAAAUAUGCUCAGGCACAAAACACAAGGCAAAUCCAAUCGCCGCAAGGUCCACCAACAAUUGGUCGUAGUCAUUGGGGUAUCCCCAGAACUCUUUGUGAUGAGGAUUUGUUCCAUUCACUAGUCCUCGACGAUACAAGUCCCAAUGGCCAAAAUUUCCUCCACCGUACUGGUAAGGCACAAUUCCCCACAACGGCCUCAGAUAGCCUUCAAACUCGGCAGCAGCUUCCAGGCAAGUUGACCCCAGCUCGCUAA